AUGACAUUCCUGCUCAAUUCCUGUCUCGACAUCUUUGACCUCCGAGCACGAACGAAGACCCUCGACCAAGACCUGGGGCUUUUGCAAGCGAUCGACGAGCGACUGGCCGCCUAUGGCUGGCUCACCAACACUGGUAUAAAGUUCAUCAUCGUCGUAGACAUGAUGGGACGCCCGCCUCCCCCAGACGAGGACAAGCGAAGGUUCCCGGCGGUUGUGGGCCUACGAGACGCCGACUUGAAACCCGCCUUUCGUGCAGUGCAGACUGCAUAUAUUCAACUCAUGUUGAACCCAUUCUACUCGCCGGACGACCGAACGCCGCUACAGAUCGCCAAUUAUGGGGGCCAGAGCCCUGAGAUCACCAGCAAGAGAUUCAUCAACGAGCUACAACGGAUUGGGAAAGUAUGGGCACCGGGUGUCGCAAACAUAUGA